AUGGCGUUCAACUUCAACUGGUCGCCUUUGAUGGCGGACGCGAGUUUUUACUCUCGCGCCCAAGAACUCCUCACAGCCGCCCUCAAUAAGUCCCCCAAACCACCCAUUAUUGUCGACGAUAUUAUUGUCACCGAACUGAAUUUGGGAUCUAUGCCUCCCAACUUGGAGAUUUUGGAGAUCGGCGAUCUGGCCGAGGAUCGCUUUCGCGGAAUCUUCAAGAUGUCCUAUUCCGGCGACGCCUUCUUGACCCUCAAGACUCGCGUCCAAGCCAAUCCUCUCAACACCUUUCUACUUACACGACCGUCUUUCGCCUCGCCGCAACCGCUUGCUGCUGCUACUCCCCUCACAAUACCUCUUCAAAUUACCCUGAUCCGACUUCAAACUCUCCGGCUUCGUCAUUCUCGAAUCACCGUCGUCUUCCGCAACGAUCCGCUCGAAUCGCUCAAGGUCUCCUCCACCUUCGAUUCCAUCCCGUUUGUGCGCGAUUUCCUGCAAAAAGAAAUUGAGGCCCAGCUUCGAAUCUUGUUUAUGGAUGAACUGCCCGCUAUUAUUCAUCGCUUGUCACUGCGCCUCUGGGUUCCCGAAUAUCGCUCUGGUGAGGAAAACCAAAACGAAACCGACAAUACCGAAACCGCAACGAGUGAGGGGCCCGGCCAGGAUCCCUUAGCCAGUCCCCCACAAGACCCUGUCGAUUCUCUCGGAAACGCCUUGAACGAGUCGGAGAUCGCAUCGCUGUCCUUGGAUUCAUCGGUCGAGACCCAUUCUCUCUUUUCGCAAAAGAACCUGCUCCGCCUCGCCGCCCUCACCGAUUCCCAGCGCACUCUCUCGUUGUUUACCCCGUCUAUCCAAGAAGUUGUAUAUCGCGCAUGGACAUCUCCGGCCGAUGUUAGCGAGUUCCCCUCAAGUGUCGCCUCCCCGCUCAGCCCCGCCCUCUCCCGGACUCACUCCCAUGUUGGUAGUCUGGCAUCCUCCAUCCACGAAACCUCCAGCAAUGUUUCUUUACAAAGUCGACCUUCCAUCGGUGGCCACUCCUACAGUAGCUAUGGUCUGAAUGUUAGCACUGGACGUCACUCAAAGGCUCACUCACGGAAGCGCAAGAAGCGAGUGGUGGACCUACGCCGUCCUAAGACCACCGAUGACGCCAUGAGCGUCAGCGAUGACAGCUCUUUUAGAGAAUCUACCAGCCCUCCGUCGAUCUGCUCCGCGCCGCUGCCCGCCCUCAACGAACAGAACGAUGACCCGGUAACACCACCGUUGUCCCCGGAGGCUGGCUUGCACCUCCCAUCGAUUCCUGAGCGCCAUCGCAUGAGCAUUUCCCGUCCGUCUAUCCUCCGCAACACGCAGGACAUGCCAGAGCUCUCCUAUUCCACUGAGACUAUUCGUGCACCGAAGGGAGAGGACAUGGAUGCUACACCUCGCGCAACUGUGCGUGGUCGCCCCGAGAAGGCGGAAGCUGGCCCCUCAUCAAUCUCGACCCGCCCGCCACCGCCCGCCACUAUCAUUCCUCUCAAUAAGGAGGAGAAACCCACUGGCGAAUCUGUCGAUCCCGUUUUGGUGGAACGACUGGCAGGCGAAAUCGCUCGUCGUAUCCGCGAAGAGAAGUUUGCGCCUAAUAGCGCAUGCAGCCCCUUCUGGAGCCGCGCUCAAGAUGAUUCACCACCCCCGGCCUAUGGCCACUAA